UAUGGCUCUGGGGGUGACAAAUCGUUCCCCAAAUUCUUCCUUCUCUGCCCACAAGUCAGUCCUGAGCACAGAUACACGGCUCUGUCUAGUCUAGCUUCCGGUUUCCUUCCCCAACAGGUCCUGACAACUUUCUUCAACUUGAGUGUGCUCUACCUCCAUGGCAACAGCAUCCAGCGCCUUGGAGAGGUGAACAAGCUGGCUGUCCUCCCUCGGCUCCGCAGCCUGACACUCCAUGGGAACCCCAUAGAGGAAGAGAAGGGGUAUAGGCAAUAUGUGCUCUGCACCCUGCCCCGUAUCACCACGUUCGACUUCAGUGGGGUCACCAAGGCAGACCGCACAACAGCUGAAGUGUGGAAACGCAUGAACAUCAAACCCAAGAAGGUCUGGAUCAAGCACAAUGCACUCUGAGGUUCCUGGGACCCCAGCAGUCCUAAAGGCCCGGGGAUGGUCAGUUUGGUUUGACAAUAAAUGAUUUGAGCUGUU